CCAUCAGUGGUCGACCGCAUCCAACCAUCGCAUGUCUACAUGUCUUCGGCCAAUGGACACCCAGUGGUCGAUCACUGCACACACGGCUCACUGACGUCGUGGUACGGCUGGUCCAUACAGUUCCUGUUGGCCGCCAUCGCAUUCGCCUGUCUUAUCGUGAAACGCUUCUGUGAACCGCAACGAUAUCGGAGGCCAUGGAUUAUAUGGUUCUUCGACACAUCCAAACAGGGCUUCGGCGCCGUUGUCGUCCACUUCUCCAACAUAAUGACGGCUGAACUGGUCGAUGGUCGCGACCCCUGCACUCUAUAUAUAAUCAGUUUUCUAUUGGACUCAUCCAUUGGACUCUUAUUGCUGUGGCUAUUGAUCCGAUUGACUGAAUACCUGGCUAUUAAGUACCGCUACGAAUGUCUUGUAUUCGGCGAAUACGGCAAACCAGAGCCAUCGCUCCGGUAUUGGCUCAUCCAGUGCUUCGCGUACAUCGUAAUCGUAUUAGUGGUCAAGUCUGUGAUCACACUAUUACUUCAGUUCCAGUUCUGGGUUCACGUGCGGGCACUCCUCCUGUGGCCCAUCGAUCGCUUCCUGAACCAGGAAAUGGAGAUAUUUAUGGUUAUACUUGUGAUACCCUUCUUCGUGAACGUAUUGAUGUUUUGGGUGACCGACAACUUCCUGACUAUGCACCGCACCCGACAGUAUAAGUACAGCAAUGGUGGCAACGGAACGGCAGGUGAUAUCGUACUGGCCUUCGCCCACUCCAACGGACACCACGUUUCCGAUGACCCGAACGGCGGACACGAGUGUCAUAACAGCGACGACGACGCCGAACUCAUAGACAUAAGCUUUGAACCCGAGAGCCCUCACCACCACAUGCUUUAGAUCUGAUCCCUGAAUCUCAAGAUGCCAUU